AAGUAUUUUUGUACCGUAUAUAGAUAGAAGUCAUAUUAUAGUUAAUUGGAAUAAAAUAUUAGUUUAAAAAUAAAUAUAUAAUUAAAAUCCUGUGAAUUGUUUUUAAACUUAUGAGACAACAAACAGGACAUUGAAAUUUUUACACCCUUUUGUUCAAGACCUCAAAAUUUAAAAAAAGUAAUAUUAAAUAAAUAAAUAAAUAAAAUUAAUAUAAAUUUGCUAGCAAUUGUUAACGAAAAUGUACAAUUUAAUUUCAAUAUUUGGAAUGUUAUUUUUAACUCUGGCUUUAGCAGUACUACCGCCUCAAAUUUAUAACCGUUCUAAUGAUUAUGUCGAUGAUUAUAUUUAUCUAAAUAAAUUACAUUUUGCUAAUGUUUUACAAAAUUGUGAAGUAAAACUUAAAGAUUUUACAAAACUUUAUGAAGAUCGUAUCGAUAAAAUUAAUGUACAUGAUGAUUUGCUGAUUUAUAAACUAUUCAUAUAUGAGCAAAUUUUAAAAGGUUUGGAAGUUUUAAGUGAUUUGAAUAAACGUUGUAUUGCGAAAUAUCGCCCGUUGAUACCCUCGUCAUCGGCUACUAAGCAGUCCAUCAGGAAUUGUACACAGGGAAUCAAUGACAAAUUCAGUACCUUCUUAAUUAAACCUCAAAAAACUAGAGAUGGGUUGUUUUCCUAUUACAACAAUAAUUACGAUAGGGAGAUCUCAAAUUGUCGCAAAAAAUUUAGUCCAUUUUCGAUGGAUUUUAUUCAUUGCGUUACCAGUGCGACCUCCAGCACAAAUAUUUAUGCGAUAACCAAUCUAAAGAAAUUUAAAUCCCAAAUGCAUUUUGCCAAAUGUUUAGCCGACAAAUUAAUGGAAAGAGCUGUUGAUUGUUCAUUUGAUCUACAAAAUCGUACAAUUUCCGCAAUUUCGGAAUCCAAUGCUUUGAUCAAUAAAUGUAUAGUGAACGAAGAUGUGUGCCAACCCUGCAAUCCCGACCAUUUAUGUUCCAAUCCAAUUUACGUGGAUGAUUUCUCAUUUACCGAAAAAGCAAUUAUAAUGAAUCCUUUCUAUCAACAACACCACUCCAAAGAUUGUUUUAUAUACAUUAAACGUAAAGACUCAAUUUCAAUAGGAAAUACAUAUGGAUAAAUAAGUAGUUACAAUUUUACAUUUUAUGGAUGUACAUAAGGUGGCCCCAAAACAACAAUUUUGAGAAACUAUAUCAUUAAAUGAAUUAAACUUUCAUUUUCGCUAGAAUCAUUUGUACUUUAUUUCCUCCCCAUAAAAACGGGGUCACCCUAGUGUACAUACAUAUAUAGUAUGUGUAUAUAUUUACUUUGUUUUUAUUUACUUUUGAUAAUUAAGUAUGUAUUUGGAAUUUUCAAUUAGUAAAAUAUUAAUGACUAUAAU